AUGACCGCUGGUCUCUUCCUCCAUGCCCCUUAAAGGUGACCUGAUGCAGAUGUGGUGCUUUAAUAGCUGUGCAGAAGAGAGGAUUUCAGCAGGCUGUGCUUUGUCACUCAGGGAUGAGGAAAGCUGCUGCUGCUGAUUUUUCCAUCUUCUAAGACUGUUGAAACACAGAAGCCUCUUUUUCAUUUGCAUUUGGGUCACCCUAACUCACAAUGGAUGUUUAAUGACAGGACUCGAGUGGUAUAGUCUCCACUUUCUGAGGAAUAACACUUGUGCAUGUUUUUCCUAUAUCACAUUGUUGCAGCAGUUUUGAAAGCUUCCCAUGCUUUUUGUUAAUUAGAUAAGAACAGCCCUGCUGGAUGAGGCCCAAGGCCUAUCUAGUCCAGCAUCCUGUUUCACACAGUGGCCCACCAGAUGCCUCUGAAAAGUCCACAGGUAAGAGGAAAAUACAUCGCCUCCACACAACGUCCCGAUGGUACCUGGAGAAAACAAAGGAGGGUGAAAGAAGGCUACGUUCCUCAAGAAGAAGUGCCAGUGUAUGAGAAUAAAUACGUGAAAUUCUUCAAAAGCAAACCAGAACUACCUCCAGGCCUGAAUCCAGAGGCCAACGCUCAGAUGGCAAGGCAGGCUUCAAAGGGACCAGAAAGCGGUGAGGCAGGACUCUCCAAGACAGCCAAGAGGAACCUAAAACGCAAGGAGAAGCGAAAGCAGCAGCAGGAGAAAGGGGAGCGAGAUACAGAUGACCUGAUCCAGUCACUAGAGAAAACAUCCUUGUCAGCCACACCAGGCAGCAGAGGGGAUGGUCAGCUGGCUGUGCCAGCAGGCAGCAGUGAUGGCUCCUCUGCUGCUGCCGCCGCUUUGGAGAAGAACAAGAAAAUCAAAAACCUGAAAAAGAAACUGCGGCAGGUGGAGGAGCUGCAGGCACGGAUUGACUCUGGGGAGAUCAAGCAACCGACCAAAGAGCAGUUGGACAAGCUGGCUCGAAGGAAAGCUUUGGAAGAGGAACUCGAGGACCUGGAAUUGGAUUUGUAAAGGGCUGAAAUCUCAGCCGGACAUAGCUUGCAUAGGAACAAACCGUCCCCAGGGGAACAUUCUGAGAACUGUGCAACACACAGACCAGAAGAUGCUGUCUUCAGGCUCCUCCUUUGUACCUUUUAUUUUAUUUUAUGUUGGGUGCUGUCUGAAUUUUUAAAAGUGUUUCUCCCAGCUGUUGAUGUGUUGAUACUUGAGGACUCUAAAACCACUUUGCCGCCCUCCAAAGUCCUUUUCUCUUCUCCUCCCUCUCACCCGGUUGGGGUGGGCCGUGGGUGGCUAGGAAGGUCACUUGGUGCGUGGUGCUGGCCUUCAGAAGCCCCAGAGGGAGUGGUGUGUUCCAUGUCUUCUCCCUGCCCCUGUAUAAUACCCAACACCUUCAUGUUCUCUGUAAUGGCCACUCUACCUUCUGCCUCUUCUUCCUCCUCCUCCUCAUUUUUAAAGAAUGCAAUAAUAAACAUUGCAGUAGUGA